AUUCUACGUUCAUUUAGUCCUUUCAUUUUCUCUCUGCAUUUUAAACUCUAGGUUUUUUAAUCUCUCUAAUGGCGGAGGUACAGAACGGAACUGGAGCUGAGAAGGCCCCUGCGGUAGCCUUCAUGGCGGUGAAGCCAUGGCUUGUGGUGGAUGCGCCGAAAGCCAGCGACGCUGUGCAGUUUUACAAGACGGCCUUUGGAGCUGAGGAGCUGAGCCGCGUUAUGCACCCCAAGAGGAAGGCUAAUCAGGAGACUCCGCUUGUUCUCUCUGCUGAACUCAAGCUCGGUUCCGCUAUUGUUGUUGUUUCUGACCUUAUUGAUGAGGACUCUUCUCCGGUCAAGUCUGCUGUAACCGGUGUGUUCUGCCUUGAGACUGAGGAGGUGGAAUCUGCCCUGUCCCAGGCUGUGACCGCCGGCGCCACUGCGGUAGGAGAGAUCUCCGAGGGUGACGCCGCGUGCUGCGGUGGGCGCGUAGGCAAGGUGAAGGACCCUUAUGGUAAUAUCUGGCUGAUCUGCUCUCCCCCGAAGAAAUGCGCUGACGUGGCAGCUUGAGAGCCCUCAGAUCUGAUAUUAAUCAACUUGCUUUUCAAUUCCAGUCCUUUUAAUUUUCUGCUUUGUCUCUAGUCAAACUUGAUUAACUUUUGGUACAACUAAUGGGAGUAGUAGUAGUAGUUAAAACUUUAAACAGUCUGAUCACUGAUGGAGGUUAAGCUGCUCAUAAUCAUGUAUUGGUUAGGGAUUUUGAAUGAUUAAACUUGGUUUUUGUAACCUUUUAUCCUUCGGCUGGCAGUUACGUGCUUAUUACUUGCUAAUUGAUA